AUGUCAAAAGACGAUGGGGCGACAUUAGGUUAUUCAUAUCAUUUACCAUCUCGUGGUAUUAAUUUAAAGCUAAGAAAUGCAUUGUCACAGUUCAGUGAUUUGUUCAGUGAAUUUAAUAAAUACAUAGCACCCGCAUAUCACCACGAUCGUUGCGAAAGAUCCGUACAAAUGAGAAUAUAUGGAAUGCAUAAAAGAGAAUUCGUACUCGUUUUCCUCGCCAUAUUUGCUUUAUUUGGUUUAUCAACGUUUAUCGGUUUGGCCGGACCCCCGAUAACCCUGACAACCCAAGAGAAAGCAUCCAAUUUAUUGAGAAAAUCAAACGAUACGGAUAUAUCGAGGGGACCCUUCGUUAUGAGGAGUCCAAUGAUGAACACUUAUAAUCAACAACUUUGGAUAAUAGGAAAAAUUAUAACUGAUAAUGUCGAAGAGUAA